AUGGAUUCGCCUCAGGGGGACUUCUCUCCACUCAAACGCUUUGUAGUAGCCAAGAAGAAGAUCAGUGACGUGUUUGAUCAACUGCUGGAGUAUGUGAAGGAAGGCUUGGUGUUUGUAGAAGGUGAAUGUGCUGUAUAGUAAAUCAGAUGCGUUGGACACAUUUUGAAUGUCAAAGUAAUCAAAUGCAGAAAGGGUUUGCUUUUUGUUAUGUUGUGAGUGAGUCACGGUGUUCUCUUCUCACUUUUCCCUUUGCUGUGUGAUUGUCAGAAACGUGUCGAAAUGACGCCUUGGAGAACAUUGCAAGUCGGGAGCAACAGGAGCAGAUUCGGGCGUAUGCCGGGAAACUGCAAACUAUAAAAGAUGUGCUGGCACGCAGACACAUGAAGGUGGCCUUCUUUGGCAGGUAAAUGUGUGUAGUCUGAUGCAUUUAGUUUUCUCCACUGUUUUGCAUGUUUUUUUGUUUAUUGUACACAGCUUCGAGGCUAGACUCGAUGUGUGCAGACACAUUUGAGCAAAGCUCAAUGCAUCGUGACAUUGAGUUUGGUUUGAUCAGUUAAGAUUAUUCUUGUUACACCAUUCGUACAAAGCACUGUAUUGUACUCUAGGAGAUGCUUGUGUCCCAAGCUUUCAGCAUUGCUACGUGAGGAUGAUGAGGAAAAGGUGCUGUGCAGCUUUCACUUAUCUUUCUAUUGCCGGUUCAUUGAAGCGCACUUUCUUUGAAACCGCUCCGCUCCAUUAGGCUUUUAUCAUACAAAACCAGACCUCUUUAUGAAUAGUCUCAACCUAUGUGGUAAUUUACCAUUCUGUAUGUGCAAACUAGCUAUUGGACAAGAUUCAUAAUGACAAAUUGCCUAUCCAUAAGCCCGUAAACCAUAACAGGUCAACAUUCCUGUAGUAAUGUCCCCAUGAGAUGUAUGAUGAAAAUGAGGAGUCUCUAUAGACCUCUUACAUUGUGUCCUUUGCGUAGGACGAGUAACGGUAAGAGUACAGUGGUGAAUGCCAUGCUGAGGGACCGGGUGCUGCCCAGUGGCAUGGGUCACACCACCAACUGCUUCCUGAGUGUGGAGGGCACGGACGCAGACCAUGCCUACCUCAAGACAGAGGGCUCAGAGGAGGAGAAGAGCAUCAAAGUAAGUGCACUGGCGAGGACGUGGAUAUACUGGCUUAGGCCUAAAUGCAUGGAAGAUUAGGCUAGCUCUUUUUACCACUCGUACAGUGGGCUUUACCCACCUCAGUGAGGUUGGAAAUGUGCUACCUGAUUGAGUUACUUAGAGAUUAAUUAUUUUUACCACUCGUACAUAGUACCCUCAGUCACGUUUUUCCUUUCUGACCCUAAGCAAUUCAUUAUUAAACAACUUUUGUCUAGAUAAGGUUAUUAUGCAGUCUUCGCUUUGACCUAAGACACAGCCUCAACUUUGAACAUUACAUACAGAUUGUCAGUCGGGCAGAGUUUGAGUGAUUUGAAAUCCAUUAAAUGAUACUAUGCCUCCCCCUCUCUCUCUCUCUCCUCUUACUCUCCAGACUGUGAACCAGCUGGGUCACGCGCUGCACAUGGACCAGAGUCUGGACGCAGGCUGCCUGGUCCGAGUCUUCUGGCCCAAGACCAAGUGUGCCCUUCUCCGAGACGACCUGGUCCUCGUAGACAGGUACGGUAACGGAAUGUUGACAACUCCGCCACACCUUGACUUCCAAUUACACCGCUGGUCCCGACAGCUUGUACAGUACACCAGAGCUUUACGAAUAUCUAGAUGUACACUGUAUGUUGGCUGUGUUUGUUAUUCGACCAGACACUGAUGAUCUGUGUAUAUGACGAUCACUAUCAACUAAACAGCGAUAAAGGCUGAAGACGUGAACCUGCAUUAAUAUUUUUUGCUUUUCUGUGUGCCUCCCUGUAUAUGAGGAUUGCAAUUGUAGCUCUGUGUGUAGAUUGCUUGGAGUCCAUACGGUAUGAUCUGUACUAUUGCUAAGUAGCCUAACUAGAAUAGCCAUCAACCACCAGUGUCCGAAGCCCCAUGGUAAGGACUGACCAUCACUAAGCUGAGGUUGACUAAGCUGAGGUUGACUAAGCUGAGGUUGACUAAGCUGAGGUUGACCUUCUAACCCCAUCCUCCAUCUUCUUUAGCCCUGGAACAGAUGUCACCACGCAGCUGGACAGCUGGAUCGACAAGUUCUGCUUGGACGCUGAUGUCUUUGUGCUGGUGGCCAACUCUGAAUCAACCCUCAUGAACACGGUAACAGAGCUCACAAUCUGACCAAUCCCAAUGGUAUUUAGACAGAUCUGACCAAUCAAUGCGUCCAUCUGAAAGAUUGACAACCUUGUCAAGUAGCAGAGCUUCCAAGAGCUCAGAUAGCUGUGUGCUAAUGGAUUUUUUAAAAUGGAUUCCUUGGAGUUCUUUGUCAACCACACCUCUUUUUGGAGAUGAGAAAUACAAAAUGAUUUGAUUUAGUCAUGUUAACAAUUCUAUCAAGAGGUUUGUGUUCUAUGAAGCAAGACUUUUAAAAGUAUUCUACGCAACUACACUGAACAAAAAUAAACGCAACAAUUUAAAGAUUUUACUGCGUUACAGUUCAUAUAAGGAAAUCAGUCAAUCGAAAUCAAUUAAUUAGGCCCUAACAUAUUUCACAUGACUGGGAAUACAGAACUUUUUUUUAAAAGUAGGGGCGUGGGUCAGAAAACCAGUUAUUAUCUGGUGUGACCACAAUUUGCUUCAUGAAGCGUGACAUCUCCUUCGCAUAGAGUUGAUCAGGCUGUUGAUUGUGGCCUGUAAUGUUGUCCUACUCCUCUUCAAUGGCUGUGCGAAGUUGCUGGAUAUUGGUGGGAACUGGAACACGCUGUCGAUCCAGAGCAUCACGAACAUGCUCAAUGGCUGACAUGUCUGAGUAUGCAGGCCAUGGAAGAACUGGGACAUUUUCAGCUUCCAGGAAUUGUGUACAGAUCCUUGCGACAUGGGGCUGUGCAUUAUUAUGCUGAAAAUGAGAUCAUGGCGGCUGAUGAAUAGCACGACAAUGGGCCUCAGACUAUCGUCAUGGUAUCUCUGUGCAUUCAAAUUGCCAUCGAUAAAAUGCAAUUCAAAUUUAAUUUGUCACAUGCGCCGAAUACAAUAGGUGAAUCACCUUACCGUGAAAUGCUUACUUCCAAGCCCUUAACCAACAAUGCAGAUCAAGAAAUAGUUAAAAUAUUUACAAAAUAAAAAGUAACAUUAAUAAAAUAACAAUACCGAGGCUAUAUACAGGGCAAUUGUUUUCAUUGUCUGUAGCUUAUGCCUGCCCAUACAUAACACCAUGCCACCAUGGGGCAUUCUGUUCACAAUGUUGACAUUAGCAAACCGCUCGCCCACACGACGCCAUGCCUGUCUGCCAUCUGCUCUGUACAGUUGAAACUGGGAUUCAUCCAGAAGAGCACACUUUUCCAGCGUGCAAGUGGCCCACUGAAGUUGGUUACUGCGCCAAACUGCAGUCAGGUCAAGACCCUGGUGAGGAUGACGAGCACGCAGAUGAACUUCCCUGAGACAGUUUUUGACAGUUUGUGCAGAAAUUCUUCUGUUGCGCAAACCCACAGUUUCAUCAGCUGUCCGGGUGGCUGGUCUCAGACGAUCCCACGGGUGAAGAAGCCGGAUGUGGAGGUCCUGGGCUGGCGUGGUUACACGUGGUCUGCGGUUGUGAGGCCGGUUGGACGUACUGCCAAAUUCUUUAAAAGGACAUUGGUGGCAGCUUAUGGUAGAGAAAUAAACAUUCAAUUCUCUGGCAACAGCUCUGGUGGACAUAGCUGCAGUCAACUGCAGGAAUGUCCACCAGAGCUGUUAUUUGCACAUUUUAGUGUCCUUUUAUUGUCCCUGGCACAAGGUGCACCUGUGUAAUGAUCAUGCUGUUUUAUCAGCUUUUUGAUAUGCCACACCUGUCAGGUGGAUGGAUUAUCUUAGCAAAGGAGAAAUGCUCACUAACAUAAUGUAAACAAAUUUGUGCACAAAAUUGAAGUGAAAUAAGCUUUGUGCAUAUGGAAAGUUUCUGGGAUCUUUUUAUUUCAGCUCAUGAAACAUGGGAUCAACACUUUACAUGUUGCGUUUUUAUAUUUUUGUUCAGUUAUAGAAGGAAUUGUCAACAUAUUCUAACCAUAUUUCUUUUUUCAAGACAAUCUUAAUACACUGCUCAAAAAAAUAAAGGGAACACUUAAACAACACAUCCUAGAUCUGAAUGAAUGAAAUAAUCUUUAAAUACUUUUUCCUUUACAUAGUUGAAUGUGCUGACAACAAAAUCACACAAACUAUCAAUGGAAAUCAAAUUUAUCAACACAUGGAGGUCUGGAUUUGGAGUCACCCUCAAAAUUAAAGUGGAAAACCACACUACAGGCUGAUCCAACUUUGAUGUAAUGUCCUUAAAACAAGUCUAAAUGAGGCUCAGUAGUGUGUGUGGCCUCCACGUGCCUGUAUGACCUCCCUACAACGCCUGGGCAUGCUCCUGAUGAGGUGGCGGAUGGUCUCCUGAGGGAUCUCCUCCCAGACAUGGACUAAAGCAUCCGCCAACUCCUGGACAGUCUGUUGUGUGGCGUUGGUGGAUGGAGCGAGACAUGAUGUGCUCAAUUGGAUUCAGGUCUGGGGAACGGGCGGGCCAGUCCAUAGCAUCAAUGCCUUCCUCUUGCAGGAACUGCUGACACACUCCAGCCACAUGAGGUCUAGCAUUGUCUUGCAUUAGGAGGAACCCAGGGCCAACCACACCAGCAUAUGGUCUCACAAGGGGUCUGAGGAUCUCAUCUCGGUACCUAAUGGCAGUCAGGUUACCUCUGGCGAGCACAUGGAGGGCUGUGUGGCCCCCCAAAUAAAUGCCACCCCACACCAUGACUGACCCACCGCCAAACCGGUCAUGCUGGAGGAUGUUGCAGGCAGCAGAACGUUCUCCACGGCGUCUCCAGACUCUCACGUCUGUCACGUGCUCAGUGUGAACCUGCUUUCAUCUGAAGAGCACAGGGCGCUAUUGGCGAAUUUGCCAAUCUUGGUGUUCUCUGGCAAAUGCCAAAUGUCCUGCACGGUGUUGGGCUGUAAGCACAACCCCCACCUGUGGACGUCGGGCCCUCAUACCACCCUCAUGGAGUCUGUUUCUGACCGUUUGAGCAGACAUGACACCUGCUGGAGGUCAUUUUGCAGGGCUCUGGCAGUGCUCCUCCUUGCACAAAGGCGGAGGUAGCGGUCCUGCUGCUGGGUUGUUGCCCUCCUACACGUCUCCUGAUGUACUGGCCUGUCUCCUGGUAGCGCCUCCAUGCUCUGGACACUACGCUGACAGACACCGCAAACCUUCUUGCCACAGCUCGCAUUGAUGUGCCAUCCUGGAUGAGCUGCACUACCUGAGCCACUUGUGUGGGUUGUAGACUCCGUCUCAUGCUACCACUAGAGUGAAAGCACCGCCAGCAUUCAAAAGUGACCAAAACAUCAGCCAGGAAGCAUAGGAACUGAGAAGUGGUCUGUGGUCACCACCUGCAGAACCACUUCUUUAUUGGGGGUGUCUUGCUAAUUGCCUAUAAUUUCCACCUGUUGUCUAUUCCAUUUGCACAACAGCAUGUGAAAUGUAUUGUCAAUCAGUGUUGCUUCCUAAGUGGACAGUUUGAUUUCACAGAAGUGUGAUUGACUUGGAGUUACAUUGUGUUGUUUAAGUGUUCCCUUUAUUUUUUUGAGCAGUGUAUAUGUAGCAUGUGUAAGGGGGAUUAAGGGGUUGUAACUUUAACUGUCAGAAUUGGUAUGUUAACUGACAGUAAAGGAGGUGUUUUCUUGUAAGUAAGGGGAGGAUAUUUUCUUUCCGAAGCUUGUUAUAGUCGUCAGUGCUAGGAUAUGGCCGGCUCCAUCGCUCAGGCCCAGCUCUGUUUAUGUCUGCCUAGGUAUUCACGUUAUGUCAGGGCACGUAGUCAAUCACUGGGCUCUCGUUAUCUGUGCCCAAUCUCUUCAAGGGACAAGCCCUGUUUCCCCCUCUCAUCACCCACCAUUUUGACUAUGCACCCUAGGAUGCCCAGCCUCUGUUGAUUUUUCAAUCACAGAACCCUAGAGAUUGUAAGUACUCUAUAAAGUACAUUAGAUUAGCAUUAUUCGACUGUGAUAAUGCGAUGCACCUGGACACUUGUUACACAGAUGAAGUGAAAUAAGCAUUUUGUUCUGGUUUAGUUUAGGAAGUAAACUCAACUGUUUGAUAAACAACAGACAAUAACAGUGUUUCAAUGAAUGGAGCCCUUUUCUAGCUUAUUAGCUAUGUCAUGACCUACAGUAUCUUCGUGACCCUUUACAAACGCCCUUGACAAACUCUUAUCUCCUUCCCCGAUAGACUGUGUGAAAGUGUGUACUGCACAUUCUCUAUAGUAAAGGAGUGUUUAUGUAUGUGGGUCACCUGCAUGCACACACAUACAUGCUGUAUUUACACAGAACUGCAUUGGGACACCUUUUAUCUCUGAAUUGUUUGUGAAGGUUAAACACCUGGGGAAGUCUGGUGUAGGCUGUAAAGUUUAACUCCAUGCAAAUAGCCCUGGCAACGAGGUUUCCAGCCUCACGUCAGCCAGCUUCCUGUGCCCUUCCGGUCUGUGCCCUUGCGGUCUGUGCCCUUCCGGUCUGUGCCUCCUCCUUCAAUAUCUAUACCCCAGUCUCUCUUCCAACUGUCCUGUCAAAUUAAGUCAAUAAAAUACUGAAGGAGUUCAGAGUUCUCCUCACAAAGAAAUAGAAAUAAAUGCAAAAUAAAGGUUAACACACACUUUGGAAUUAAUAAGACUUAAUUAGUGCACUAACUAUUCCUGACCUUGCAUUUUUCUUGUUUUCCAGGAGAAGCAUUUCUUUCACAAGGUGAACGAGAAGCUCUCCAAACCCAACAUCUUUAUUCUCAACAACCGCUGGGACGCCUCAGCCAAUGAGCCGGAGUACAUGGAGGAUGUGAGUGACUUACCAACAAUAACUGGGCAUUCAUAAAAGUUUAGAAUUAGUCAAAUUAGCCACAGGUCCUGAAGUGGAAAUUACGUUUAUUGCUCCAGUAGGACAAUAAUCAGAAGUGUGUGUGUGUGUAAAUGACAUUUAUGUAAAAAAAAAAAAGUAUUAAAAGGUGUAUAUAAAAAAUAUUAACAGGGUAAAGAACUCCACAACCACCAAUUAGCCUAUUUACAACCUAUAGUAAUCUAAUUUCACCCCAUUUAAAAAAAAAUUUUUUUUUUUUAAAAUGACUUUCUGUGCAUUUGCAGAGACAUUUUGGAUUUCUGGCAAUUGCUCUGUGACAUCACUGGGGGGAACCACUGAGUGCACUGGCAUUGCACACAUUUACAUUUGAGUCAUUUAGCGGACGUUCUUAUCCAGAGCGACUUACAGUAGUGAGUGCAUUUUUAGGUCAUGUAGCUAUCCUAUGAAGUUAUUUCCCAACAAAAUGUUCUGACACAAUAGCCCAGUAGUCAAAUUACAUAUCACGUUUUGGAUCAUUUACAGAUGUCGAUAGUGAUAAACAGAUGACAAGGUGAUUUGCAAGGUAUAGGCCUAUUCAUCACAAAAUAUAAACUCAGCAAAAAAAAAAACGUCCCUUUUUCAGGACCCUGUCUUUCAAAGGUCAUUCGUAAAAAUCAAAAUAACUUCACAGAUCUUCAUUGUAAAGUGUUUAAACACUGUUUCCCAUGCUUGUUCAAUGAACAAUUAAUGAACAUGCACCUGUGGAAUGGUCGUUGAGACACUAACAGCUUACAGACGGUAGGCAAUUAAGGUCACAGUUAUGAAAACUUAGGACACUAAAUAGGCCUUUCUACUGACUCUAAAAAAACACCAAAGGAAAGAUGCCCAGGGUCCCUUCUCAUCUGCGUGAACGUGCCUUAGGCAUGCUGCAAGGAGGCAUGAGGACUGCAGAUGUGGCCAGGGCAAUAAAUUGCAAUGUCCGUACUGUGAGACGCCUAAGACGGCGCUACAGGACGGACAGCUGAUCAUCCUCGCAGUGGCAGACCACGUGUAACAACACCUGCACACGAUCGGUACAUCCGAACAUCACACCUGCGGGACAGGUACAGGAUGGCAACAACAACUGCCGGAGUUACACCAGGAACGCACAAUCCCUCCAGGAACGCACAAUCCCUCCAUCAGUGCUCAGACUGUCCGCAAUGGGCUGAGAGAGGCUGGACUGAGGGCUUGUAGGCCUGUUGUAAGGCAGGUCCUCACCAGACAUCACCGGCAACAACGUCGCCUAUGGGCACAAACCCACCGUCGCUGGACCAGUCAGGACUGGCAAACAGUGCUCUUCACUGACGAGUCGCGGUUUUGUCUCACCAGGGGUGAUGGUCGGAUUCGCGUUUAUCGUCGCAGUAAUGAGCGUUACACCGAGGCCUGUACUCUGGAGCGGGAUCGAGGUGGCCAGCGACGAGCCCGGAUCUCUUAUCCCAUUGAGCACAUCUGGGACCUGUUGGAUCGGAGGGUGUGGGCUAGGGCCAUUCCUCCCCAGAAAUGUCUGGGAACUUGCAGGUGCCUUGGUGGAAGAGUGGGGUAACAUCUCACAGCAAGAACUGGCAAAUCUGGUGCAGUCCAUGAGGAGGAGAUGCACUGCAGUACUUAAUGCAGCUGGUGGCCACACCAGAUACUGUUACUUUUGAUUUUGACCCCAUCCUUUGUUCAGGGACAGGUUAGUCACAUGUCUGUGGAACUUGUUGAGUUUAUGUCUCAGUUGUUGAAUGUUAUGUUCAUACAAAUAUUUACACAUAACGCAGUUGACAGUGAGAGGACGUUUCUUUUUUUUGCUGAGUUUAUUAUUUACUUUUAUUUGUUAUUUUGCGUGCACUCUUAUCCAGAGCGACUUAGAGUAGUGAGUGCAAACAUUUUCGUAGUGGUCCCAUGUGGGAAUCAAACCGUGCCGAUCAUAACAGCUGUAAUAUCACACUGGGAGGGAUUAUUGAAGAUACUCUUUGAAGAGGUUGGGUUUCAAAUACCGGCAGACGGGCAGGGACACUGCUGUCCUAGCUUCAGGGGGAAGCUGGUUCCACCAUUGGGGUGCCAGGACGGAGAAGAGCUUGGACUGGGCUGAGUGGGAGCUGCCCUCCCGUAGGGGUGGGAGGGCCAAGAGACCAGAGGUGGCAGAACGGCGUGCUCCGGUUGGGGUGUAGGGUUUGAGCAGAGCCUGACGGUAGGGAUGGGCGGUUCCUCUUGCUGCUCCGUAGGUAAGCACCAUGGUCUUGUAGUGAAUGCACGCUUCGAAUGGAAGCCAGUGGAGUGUGUGGUGGAGCGGGGUGACAUGGGAGAAGGUUGAACACCAGGUGGGCUGCAGUGUUCUGGAUAAGUAGCAGGAGUUUGAUGGCACAAGCGGGGAGCCCAGCCAUCAGCGAGUUGCAGUAGUCCAGACGGGAGAGGGAAAAGUACCUGGAUUAGGACCUGCGCCACUUCCUUUAUGAGGUAGGGUUGUACUCUAUGGAUGUUGUACAGCGUCACGCCAAGGUUAUUUUGCGCUCUGGGAGGGGGACACAGUGGAGUUGUCAACUGUGAUGGAGAGGUCUUUGAGCGGGCAGGCCUUCCCCGGACGAAAGCGCAGCUCCAUGUUCUCGAGGUUGAGCUUGAGGUGGUGGGCUGACAUCCAAGUUGAGUUAUCUGCGGGGGGCGGGGAGAAAAGUAGUUGUGUCAUUCACAUAGCAAUGAUUGGAGAGCCCAUGUGAGGAUAUGAGUGACUUGGUGUAUAGAGAGAAGAGGAGAGGGCCUACAAACCGAGCCCUGGGGGACACCAGUCGUGAGAGUAUGUGGUGCAGACACAGAUCCUCUCCACGUCAUCUGGUAGGUCCGGCCUGCCAGGUAGGAUGCAAUCCAAGAGUGUGCAAAGACGUCCAUCCCUGAGAGGGUGGAGAGGGGGAUCGGAUGGUUCACGGUGUCGAAGGCAGCGGAUAGAUCUAGGAGGAUGAGAACAGAGGAUAGAGAUUUAGCUUUGGCAGUGCGGAAAGCCUCUGUGGCACAGGAGCAGUCUCGGUUGAGUGAAACGUCUUGAAGCCUGACUGGUUAGGGUAAAAAAUAUUGUUCUGAGAGAGUUUGUCAGAGACCACACGCUCAAGUUUCUUUUUACAUCAGAGGAGUUGGGUUGGUUUCUUGAAGGGUUGGGUUCAAUUUCCCCUUCUCAAAAAGUCUGCUACUUCUAAUAAAGUUAACAAAGCACUUGCUAGUGUGGGAAAUUGGGCCUGGCUCGCAGUCGGUGUUCCAAUUCAUUCCAAAGGUGUUCGAUGGGGUUGAGGUCAGGGCUCUGUGCAGGCCAGUCAAGGUCUUCCACACCAAUCUCAACAAACCAUUUCUGUAUGGACCUCGCUUGGUGCACAGGGGCAUUGUCAUGCUGAAACAGGAAAUGGCUUUCCCCAAACUGUUGCCACAAAGUUGAAAGCACAGAAUCGUCUCGCAUGUCAUUGUAUGCUGUAACGUUAAGAUUUCCCUUCACUGGAACUAAGAGGCCUAGCCCGAACCAUGAAAAACAGCCCCAGACCAUUAUUCCUCCUCCACCAAACUUUAUGGCACUAUGCAUUGUGGCAGGUAGCGUUCUCCUGGCAUUCGCCGAACCCAGAUUAGUCUGUCAGACUGCCAGAUGGUGAAGCGUGAUUCAUCACUCCAGAGAACGUGUUUCACUGCUCCAGAGUCCAAUGGCAGCGAGCUUUACACCACUCCAGCUGACGCUUGGCAUUGCGCAUUUCAUGAAGCCCCCAACGAACAGUUAUUGUGCUGACAUUGCUUCCAGCGGCAGUUUGGAACUCGAUAGUGAGUGUUGCAACAGAGGACAGACAAUUUUUACGAACUUCAGCACUCGGCCGUCCUGUUCUGUGAGCAUGUGUGGCCUACAACUUUGCGGCCGAGCCGUUCUUCUUUUUCCUGCUGAAACCUUUAACGCGUUCAAAAGCGAAUACUGGAAUAAUAUUCCUAACGUAGAAUGUGGGGAAUCGAGAGUUGCACCCCUCCUCAAACCUACACUCGAUCCCUCCGACGUCAACAACUACAGACCAGUAUCCCUUCUUUCUCUUCUGUUCCUCCCUGGGAAGGACUGCCCGCUCCAUGAUCUCGCCAUCAUGGUUGACAACUCUGUUUCCUCCUCCCAGAGUGCAAAGAACCUUGGCGUGACCCUGGACAACACCCUGUCGUUCUCCGCUAACAUCAAAAAUAGUGACCCGAUCCUGUAGGUUCAUGCUCUACAACAUUCGCAGAGUACAACCCUACCUUACACAGGAAGCGGCACAGGUCCUAAUCCAGGCACUUGUCAUCUCCCAUCUGGAUUACUGCAACUCGCUGUUGGCUGGGCUCCCUGCCUGUGCGAUUAAACCCCUACAACUCAUCCAGAACGCUGCAGCCCGUCUGGUGUUCAACCUUCCCAAGUUCUCUCACGUCACCCCGCUCCUCCGCACACUCCACUGGCUUCCAGUUGAAGCUCGCAUCUGCUACAAUACCAUGGUGCUCGCCUACGGAGCUGUGAGGGGAACGGCACCUCCUUACCUUCAGGCUCUGAUCAGUCCCUACACCCAAACGAGGGCAUUGCGUUCUUCCACCUCUGGCCUGCUGGUCCCCAUAUCUCUGCGGAAGCACAGUUCCCGCUCAGCCCAGUCAAAACUGUUCGCUGCUCUGGCACCCCAAUGGUGGAACAAGCUCCCUCACGACGCCAGGACUGCGGAGUCACUGACCACCUUCCGGAGACACUUGAAACCCCACCUCUUUAAGGAAUACCUGGGAUAGUAUAAAAGUAAUCCUUCUACCCUACCACAAUUUUUUUUAAAUAAUAAUAACAAUAAUAAAAUAAAAUGUAUAAUAAAUAAAUAAAUAAAUAAAUAAAAAUAUAUAUAUAUAUAUAUAUAUAUAUAUAUAUAUAUAUAUAUAUAUAUAUAGAUAACAAAUGAAAAUAAAAGAUGUACUCAAAUAAAAAAUUAGAAAAAUAUAUAUAUAAAUAAUAAUUAGCCAGUGGGACAACCACUUUACAUCAUAAGGUGAAUGCACCAAUUUGUAAGUCGCUCUGGAUAAGAGCGUCUGCUAAAUGACGUAAAUGUGAUCUAUUGGACACUAAGGUCAUUCUGUUUGGUGUUUUGUGAUGUCAUUAAUGUUAUAAAAUAAAUACUGUAGCUUGGAAAGUAUACCCACUACAUGUAGGAAUGUUCCAUCAUAUACGUUGUGCAUGUAAUAUGAAAAAUUAUGAAAUUGUUUUUGUUAAGAGGGAUGUGAUUUGAGAAGCUGUAUGAGAUCAUUGUUUUCCAUAAGCUUUGCACAGGGACAAGUCACACCCCGAGUGAGGUCCGAGAGUGUCAGCCUGACGGAACCGCCCUUUUCGACCAAAGUGUGUAAAAGAUGGGUUACGAAUUAACACACUUAGACCAGAAUAAGUGAAAGCGGCAGCUACACGUUUUAAAAUGGUUGGAACUAUGGAUCUCAACACGUUGUGGAGAUAAUAAACUCGCCUCCCCGGACGAUCACCGGUACGGCUGGUUAGCUGUCCUAAGUAAAGGAUCUUCGGAAGCUAAUUUAAUUAGGCCCAUCCUAUUAUUCUGCUCAAGCCCAUCAGUAGGGUACUGGGAACCGUCGAUACGGCUGGCUAGCCUAUCUUCGAAGAAGCAUCUUCGAGCGAAUGGAAGGUAAAUCAAUUCUGUAGUUCUGUUCAGGACUACACGACAAGUCAUCGGAGACCGGACAACUAGGAAGAAGAGAACAACAGAAGACUUGUUGGAACCUUUUUUGGACAAUCUGAGCCUUACAAGCGUGCCGCGAGAUGGCCCAACUCGCUUUCCAGGGUGGCGCUGUCCACUGAGAUACACGGCGAACCAGGCAUUUCACGUGAAUACAUUCUAGAUUUCUUACUCGAAGAGGGCAGCGGUUCGUGUGCCAAUGUAUGUAAUAACUGUAGGUGAGAGUAGUUUCGGAGUGUAUCAAGGUUAAGUGUCUCUCUUUAUCUUCCUUUUCUCUUUUAACAUUUUAGUCAUUUAGCAGACGCUCUUAUCCAGAGCGACUUACAGUUAGUGAGUGCAUACAUCAUUUUUUAUAUUUUUCAUACUGGCCCCCCGUGGGAAUCGAACCCACAACCCAUGCUCUACCAACUGAGCUACAUCCCUGCCGGCCAUUCCCUCCCCUACCCUGGACAACGCUGGGCCAAUUGUGCGCCGCCCCAUGGGUCUCCCGGUCGCGGCCGGCUACGACAGAGCCUGGAUUCGAACCAGCAUCUCUAGUGGCACAGCUAGCACUGCGAUGCAGUGCCUUAGACCACUGCGCCACUCAAGCAUCAUUGUUGUCAUUCUUCUAAGGACCUGUUUUCUCCAGUCAGUAACCAGUGCAGAGUGUAUGUUUAUCCUCUGUUCCCAUUUUUUAAUUAGCUAGUAAAUAAAUAAACCAAUUUGUGUAGUACUGAAUCCUAAGGCUCUGCUUUUUACAGAUGCAAGGAGGUAACGACUUUCAGAAUGAUAUGAUACGAGGUUAUGAUAAGUUGACUGUUUUUUAUAGAUGUGAUAGGUAAAUACCUUUUUUUUAGAGUUUAAUUCGGGAGAUGGGAACUCGGCCAUGUACCGUCAAAUCUUGGGUGAGAACCUCCUUCCCUCAGCCAGGGCAUUGACAAUGGGUUGUGGAUGGGUAUUCCAGCAUGACAAUGACCCAAAACACACGGCCAAGGCAACAAAGGAGUGGCUCAAGAAGAGGCACAUUAAGGUCCUGGAGUGGCCUAGCCAGUCUCCAGACCUUAAUCCCAUAGAAAAUCUGUGGAGGGAGCUGAAGGUUCGAGUUGCCAAACGUCAGGCUCGAAACCUUAAUGACUUGGAGAAGAUCUGCAAAGAGGAGUGGGACAAAAUCCUUCCUGAGAUGUGUGCAAACCUGGUGGCCAACUACAAGAAACGUCUGACCUCUGUGAUUUCCAACAAGGGUUUUGCCACCAAGUACUAAGUCAUGUUUUGCAGAGGGGUCAAAUACUUAUUUCCCUCAUUAAAAUGCAAAUCAAUUUAUAACAUUUUUGACAUGCGUUUUUCUGGAUUAUUUUGUUGUUAUUCUUUCUCUCACUGUUCAAAUAAACCUACCAUUAAAAUUAUAGACUGAUCAUGUCUUUGUCAGUGGGCAAACGUACAAAAUCAGCAGGGGAUCAAAUACUUUUUUCCCUCACUGUAUGCUGCAGUUGAUUGAUUGGUUCACCGAGUGACGUCAAAGUCUACUGUUUCAGAACGUCAAACGUCCAGAACGUUCAAAAAUACUUUGCAAACUGUUGGUUUUAAAAUUCAUAUCGCUUAUUUUUGGGGGAUCAAAUGUUAAUAAAUAGAAUGAAAAAUGUAUAUUAUGGUGCCUGGUGAAUGUGUUUCCUUGUUCCAUGUAGAGUGCCUUCAGAAAGUAUUCAUACCCCUUGACUUAUUCCACAUUUUCUUACAGACUGAAAUCAAAAAAGAUUCUCACCCAUCUACACACAAUACCCCAUAACGACAGUGACAUUUUAUUGAAAAUGAAAUAAAAUAUCUUAUUUUCAUAAGUAUUCACACCCCUGAGUCAAUACUUUUGUAGAAGCACCUUUUGGCAGCGACUACAGCUGUGAGUCUUUCUGGGUAAGUCUCUAAGCGCUUUGCACACCUGGAUUGUACAAUAUUUGCACAUUAGUAAAAAGAACAAAGUAAAACUGCAACAAAAAAAUGGCUACGAAAUUAACUUAUUGUCCUGAAUAUAAAGCGUUAUGUUUGGGGCAAAUCCAACACGUCACGGAGUACAACUCUUCAUAUUUUCAAGCAUGGUGGCGGCUGCAUCAUGUUAUGGGUAUGCUUGUCAUUGGCAAGGACUAGGGAGUUUAAGAAUAAAAAGGGGGGGGGGGGGGGGUGUAUUCAACUUGAUUUUUAUGUAGAUAUAGUUGACCUACUUUACCCUCAUGUAAAAAUGAAAAACUGCUACUGGGUAAUCAUUUUGCGACCAGAACGGAAUGGUCGGGAGAAGCUUCAUUUCCAAAAAUUCCAAGCUGUCAAAACCAUUAGUUUGAGACUGGGUUGUCACCAAAGCUGUUGUAUUCAUUCGGUAUGUCGUAGUUCAUUUUCAAAGAUUCAUUACAAACUCAAAACCAUUUUUCAACAAGAAUGACAAUUAUGACUAACUGUGGCCAUUUUGCAUUACAAUUAAUCGUUACCCAGAAUUCCAUGACCAUUACAACCCUAGGUUCCAGAGUUUCUGUUAUUGCUAUGGGCUCUUACCAUUGUGGUAAUGUUGUAGUAACAGUUCAGUAAUGUUCCCCACCUACAGGUGCGCAAGCAGCACAUGGACCGCUGUGUCGACUUCCUGGUGGAGGAGCUGAAGGUGGUGGACCGGGAGCAGGCACCCAACCACAUCUUCUUUGUGUCAGCCAAGGAGGUGCUCAACUCCCGUAUGCAGCGCGCCCAGGGUAUGCCAGAGUCCGGUAAGCCCGGCCGGUGGUGGUCAAACCAGGAGGGUGUGUUGGUGGGUGGGUAGCCAAGCAUGUGUGAAUAGUGGCAAACCAUCGUGUCCGCUGUGGUCAAACCAGGUGUUUUGUUUGUUUGGUUGGUAGGUCGGUCAGUGGGUGGGUCAAUUGUUGGGUGUGUACUGUGUUGGUGACUGUGUGGACGGAUAGGUGGAUCGAUGGGUGUGUGGGGUGGGCAGGCAGGCUCACUCAGGCCACAGGUUUUGUCCUGUCCACACUGAUGGGCUUCUCUAAAUUAGAUCCAGAGUGUCUCCAAACAACACCUCCCCAGCCAAGCUAUAAAACAUUCAAACUUAAACUUCACUAUCAACUCUGGCUAACACCAGCUACAUGGGAUCAAGGCACUUAUGCAAUCCAUUGGCUCACAUGCUCCAACAUGACCUUUUGUUUGGGUGGUGUCGGUCUUGAGCUCUGUUUUUAGCCUGGCGUCCAUCUUCUCAGUCUGUGUUGAUGUAGUUUAUCUGAUCCUUUCUAGGUUAAAGGGAUAUUUCACUUUCUGGAACUUUUAGCUUAUUUUCAACGUACCUGUUGCCGUUUCAUCCAAAUUGUGUUAGCUGGUUAUAUAGCAACGUCUAGCAUUUUUGGAGAAUGUAGCAAUGCUAGUGGAAUGGAAUGGAUUGGAUCAGUUAGCGGUGCGUUCAAAAGCGAGUGGACCAAAGCGGCGCCCUGCAUAGCGCUUUGCCCGUACUUUUGAGUUCUCUGCUAACUGAUACAACAAAAGUGAAAUGUCCCUUUUUUUAAAUUAUUUAUUUUUGUAGUAGUUUAAAGGCAAAAUGGUACUAGACUCCAUUUUGGAGAGAUGUGAUGUGGUGGUCUUUGGAUGACAAUGUGCCGUUUUCACAGGUGGAGCUUUAGCAGAAGGUUUCCAGGAGAGGCUCAAGGAGUUCCAGAGUUUCGAGAGGAUAUUUGAGGCAAGUGUGUGUGUGUGUGUGUGUGUCUGUGUGCGGUGUGACGACAACGUCUAACACCACUCGUUCUCAGCCUCCAAAUUGUUUAAUGAUUUUUAAAUACGACAUCUCUAAUUGAAUGAAAAAGCAGUAUGAAGUAAUGAAUGUCAAAUGAAAUGGCAGAAUGACAGAACUACAAUGACGCAUAUUCCAAGCAAUCAAGAUGAAAGUUAAAACAAUGUGUAGUCAAGCCAAACAACACCAUGGCUGCUCCUCAGGACAUGUGGAGCAAGGCAUACCAGGUAAACUCUCUCUCUCUGAACUUUCUGGCCUGGCUUUGCCAGUGUGACUCUGAACGUGGUGUUGGAGUGAUGUGGGAGGAGGGACAGAACUGCGUCUGUGUGUGCUUGUGUUAUGGUAGAGAAAAUAUUAGCAAUAGAGUUAAUUCCUUGUCUAAAACCCAGCUUAGUUACGCUGCCCCAAAACAUUUACCUCUAUGGGGUCGGACACCUAAAGGGAAAGCUGUGUACUGGAUAGGAGGUUAACUAUAUUAUAUUCCAUACCACUGCAGAGAGUAGUGGUGAACCAUUCUAAUCACUAUCUCUAUGGUCCUGUGCUGUGAGAAACACCUAGUCUCUCCAUCUCAUCACCGGACUACUAGUCUCUCCACCAAUCACGUCUCCAAACCAAGCCCGCCCCGCUAAGUCCCUGCUUAGGCCAAUCAAUGUGCACAUUGCCAUCAAUCUGCGUCUUCAUUGCUGAAGUCUAGAUUUACUUAGGCGAGGAUCAUCCAUUUCUUUCAGUUCAAAUUUUCAUUCUGUUCACUGUCUCAUUUUGUUUCAUUCCGUUCUGUUGCCCGCAUUCCGUCUCGUCGGAGUUGUUUUAUGUUCAGGAAAUACUAAUCUCCUUUUCUUAGAGUAGUUUUUCUGUUGUACUGGCUUUUCUCCUAGGAUUUAGCUUUGUCUUCACUAGCACGUUACUGUGAGCCUAAGAACCAAGGGGCUGUGGGCCUCGAGAUGCAGAACUGCUGCCGUAAUUUCCCCCCCCCCCCCCCCCCCCCCCCAAACAUUAGUUACGGCAGCAGUUGUAUAUCUUAUUCCUUUUUGUCCCGCCUAUACCCUUUUCACUAUCGUGCUGACCCCUGACCCCAACCAAACUGUUCUGGCUUCGCAUGGUCCUUUUCAGCACAGUUCAAGCAACUAUGGUGGAUGCUUAUGGCGCAAUCAGGCCAGCACGGCUUGGUUUGGCUCGGCUCAGUAGAUUGAAAAGCCCUGUAGGACGUGUCGCAGCCCCCCCCCCCGGUACGGUAACGUGUGUUGUUAUGUGGCCUCGCAGGAGUGUAUCUCGCAGUCAGCAGUGAAAACAAAGUUUGAGCAGCACACUAUCAGGGCCAAGCAGAUCACUGAAACGGUCAAAUCCAUCAUGGACGCCAUCAACAUCGAGGCGGCAGAGAAGAGGUGAGUGUCCUCUGAUCCAUCCACUCACAACCCAACCCAUCUUCUUCCGGGAUGUUCUGUUUAUUCAGUCAUUCCCAAAUGUUUCGGUAGCACUGACUUUAACUAGUUUGUAUGGAAACGGUAACAUUUAUUAUGAGUUAGCAUUGUUAUCCAAUGACUAAGAUGUUUUGGUGUGGAUCCAACAGGGCAGGCACAAUACAUUUUGUACAUUUCUAAGUAGUAUGUCAGUAUUGGACAUUGAAACAUAAAACCUUUGCACUUCCUGUGGAAGCACUGACUUACUACUUGUCUCUCCUUACCACGUCCUGUGCACCAUCUAGAGUGGCCUCAUUGGAGGACCGUGAGUACCAGAUGGACCGUCUGGAGUUUGUGAAGAACCAGCUCCAGCUGCUCAUAGAAGACAUCAAGAAGAAGAUCAAGGCUGUCACAGUAGAGGUGGAGAGCAAGGUAAACCGUGGCCUUCGGAUAACGUUAAUGUUUACAAUAUGUUUUGAAAUAUCCUAAAGCCUCUUAACACUGCAGGGAAUGGCCCUGCAGGGUCAUACUGCCAACGGCAAUUUAUGGAUUUAAUACCGCACUAAUCCUCAAUCCAUUCCAAGGGUUACUUACCCCAAAUGGUUAAAAAAAAAAAAUGUUUUAGCCAGGUACUAACACAGCUGUUUUCUCAAGGUGUCCAGCGCCAUGGGCGAGGAGAUCUGUCGUCUCAACGUGCUCGUCCAGGAGUUCCACUCUGACUUCCACCCCUCGCUCCACAUCCUCAAGCGCUACAAAUCAGUGAGUUUGAUUUCCGUUACACCAAUGACUGGACACACACCGGUCUUCUCCAUGAAAUGGAAGCGUUGUCACAAAUGUAGCACACAGAGCAUUUAGGUUAGGAGCAUCACGACUCAAACAUCUCAGUAGUGACCUCCUUCUAUUGUAACCGCUCUGUGACCCUCUGACACCCAACCCUUCCCUUACAGGAGCUCCUGAGCCACAUCGAGGAGGGCAUGGGCAAGAAUCUGGCCUUCCGCUGCUCCAACGCCGUCAACGCCUCCGUGCAGUCCUCCCAGAGAGACAUGAUCGGUAGGUAGCAGUCCUCCCAGAGAGACAUGAUCGGUAGGUAGCAGUCCUCCCAGAGAGACAUGAUCGGUAGGUAGCAGUCCUCCCAGAGAGACAUGAUCGGUAGGUAGCGGUCCUCCCAGAGAGACAUGAUCGGUAGGUAGCAGUCCUCCCAGAGAGACAUGAUCGGUAGGUAGCAGUCCUCCCAGACAGACAUGAUCGGUAGGUAGCAGUCCUCCCAGAGAGACAUGAUCGGUAGGUAGCAGUCUUCGUGUGUGUGUGACAAGGCAACCAGUCAUAAAUCAGACUGACAUAAAUGUUAUGGCCCUCUAUGAUGUUCAGGACUGGGACUAUUGCGAGAGAGUGUAAACCAAUUGAAUGAGUACGCCUAGCGCUACAGGACUGUUCCAUAUUGCUCGCUUCUCACCCAUCUGUUCCUCUCAGAUCAUUGUGUAUUUAGACACUGUUAUGGAAAGGAGGACCCCGUUUUUAACACUGUUAAAUAGGGUGCCAAUUCAGGUUCUACUACAUAGCUUCCACUGAUCCAGUUCUGUCAAAUCUCUGACUUCAAGGAAAGCAGGAAGCAUUCAAAGUAUUUGGGUCUGAUGUCAUCUAGACCCCUCAAACUCAACUCUGGACCUUGAAGCGAGUUCCACUGCGUUUUUUUCAUUGUUGCCCUCUAAUUAGGGACUGAUUUAGACCUGGGACACCAGGUGUGUGCAAUUAAUUAUCAGGUAGAACGAGAGAACCAGCAGGCUCCGGACCUCGUAGGGUCAGAGUUGAAUACCCCUGAUAGACUUGGUGUCAGUGUUUCCUUCUUUGUCAUCCCACCACCAGAGAGUCUGCAGCCUCUGCUGCCUCCUGCUGUUCAGAACCAGAUACAGACGCUGGUGCCCUGCCACAAAUUUGACCUGACCUACGACCUGAACUGUGCCACGCUCUGCUCGGACUUCCAGGAGAACAUAGAGUUCCAGUUCUCGAUGGGUUGGACGGCGCUGGUCAACCGCUUCCUGGGGCCCACCAACGCCAAUCGGGCCCUCAUGCUGGUCGACAAGAACUUCCCGGUAACGCGGAUAAGGUGGCUCCAGGGUGAAGUUUCCCCUAGGUGCAGAUCGAGGAUCAGUUUCCUCCACCAAACCUAACCAUAACCAUUGGUGGUGGGGGGGGGGAGGGGGGUGGGGGGGGGGGGGAAUGCAAAAAUGACCCACGAUCAGCGUGUAGGGGCAACUUCACCCUCCUCCAGUAAGGCAUGAGGGUGAUGGAUGUGUCAUCUGUACUGUAUUCUGUUGUAUGUCAUGUAGGUAUGCUAUCACUGUACUAGAUGGUUAAUAGUUGUGAUGUUGGUCGACAGGACCUUUUCAGGUAACCACAGUUAGAACACAUGGGUGGUUGAGUGGUAAUGGGUGAUAACACUGCCCGGCUCUUACCGCGUGUGCCUACAGUGAGGGGGAAAAUAGUAUUUGAUCCCCUGCUGAUUUUGUACGUUUGCCCACUGACAAAGAAAUGAUCAGUCUAUAAUUUUAAUGGUAGGAUUAUUUGAACAGUGAGAGACAGAAUAACAACAACAAAAAUCCAGAAAAACGCAUGUCAAAAAUGUUAUAAAUUGAUUUGCAUUUUAAUGAGGGAAAUAAGUAUUUGGCCCCCUCUCAAUCAGAAAGAUUUUCUGGCUCCCAGGUGUCCUUUUUAUACAGGUAACGAGCUCAGAUUAGGAGCACACUCGUAACAAACUGAGAUUAGGAGCACUCCCUUUAAGAGUGUGCUCCUAAUCUCAGUUUGUUACCUGUAUAAAAGACACCUGUCCACAGAAGCAAUCAAUCAAUCAGAUUCCAAACUCUCCACCAUGGCCAAGACGAAAGAGCUCUCCAAGGAUGUCAGGGACAAGAUUGUAGACCUACACAAGGCUGGAAUGGGCUACAAGACCAUCGCCAAGCAGCUUGGUGAGAAGGUGACAACAGUUGGUGCGAUUAUUCGCAAAUGAAAGAAACACAAAAGAACGGUCAAUCUCCCUCGGCCUGGGGCUCCAUGCAAGAUCUCACCUCGUGGAGUUGCAAUGAUCAUGAGAACGGUGAGGAAUCAGCCCAGAACUACACGGGAGGAUCUGGUCAAUGAUCUCAAGGCAGCUGGGACCAUAGUCACCAAGAAAACAAUUGGUAACACACUACGCUGUGAAGGACUGAAAUCCUGCAGCGCCCGCAAGGUCCCCCUGCUCAAGAAAGCACAUAUACAGGCCCGUCUGAAGUUUGCCAAUGAACAUCUGAAUGAUUCAGAGGAGAACUUGGUGAAAGUCUUGUGGUCAGAUGAGACCCAAAUCAAGCUCUUUGGCAUCAACUCAACUCGCCGUCUUUGGAGGAGGAGGAAUGCUGCCUAUGACCCCAAGAACACCAUCCCCACCGUCAAACAUGGAGGUGGAAACAUUAUGCUUUGGGGGUGUUUUUCUGCUAAGGGACAGGACAACUUCACCGCAUCAAAGGGAUGAUGGACGGGGCCAUGUACCGUCAAAUCUUGGGUGAGAACCUCCUUCCCUCAGCCAGGGCAUUGACAAUGGGUUGUGGAUGGGUAUUCCAGCAUGACAAUGAUCCAAAACACACGGCCAAGGCAACAAAGGAGUGGCUCAAGAAGAAGCACAUUAAGGUCCUGGAGUGGCCUAGCCAGUCUCCAGACCUUAAUCCCAUAGAAAAUCUGUGGAGGGAGCUGAAGGUUCGAGUUGCCAAACGUCAGCCUCGAAACCUUAAUGACUUGGAGAAGAUCUGCAAAGAGGAGUGGGACAAAAUCCCUCCUGAGAUGUGUGCAAACCUGGUGGCAACUACAAGAAACGUCUGACCUCUGUGAUUGCCAACAAGGGUUUUUGCCACCAAGUACUAAGUCAUGUUUUGCAGAGGGGUCAAAUACUUAUUUCCCUCAGUAAAAUGCAAAUCAAUUUAUAACAUUUUUGACAUGCGUUUUUCUGGAUAUUUUUGUUGUUAUUCUGUCUCUCACUGUUCAAACAAACCUACCAUUCAAAUUAUAGACUGAUCAUUUCUUUGUCAGUGGGCAAACGUACAAAAUCAGCAGGGAAUCAAAUACUUUUUUCCCCUCAAUGUACGACCCCAGAGAUCGGUGUUCAAUCCCUGCGUCUACCUCUCUCACUGUCUUUUCCAUCUGUGUCCACCUCUGUUUCCAUGUUGUCUAAUUUAAGCAUCAAAACCCAAGGCUGAGGAACAUUCAUUAGUCAUUGGUGAGGAUUGGUGGUGUUCUGGGUGUUGUAUAGAUACAGUUGAAGUCGGAAGUUUACAUGCACCUUAGCCAAAUACAUUUAAACUCAGUUUUUCACAAUUCCUGACAUUUAAUCCUAGUAAAAAUUCCCUGUUUUAGGCCAGUUAGGAUCACCACUUUACUAUUAUUCUGACAUUUCACAUUCUUAAAAUAGAGAGAUUUAUUUAUUUCAGCUUUUAUUUCUUUCAUCACAUUCCCAUGUGUAGUUCCAAACCGUAGUCUGUCUUUUUUAUGGCGGUUUUGGAGCAGUGGCUUCUUCCUUGCUGAGCGGCCUUUCAGGUUAUGUCGAUAUAGGACUAAUUUUACGUGGAUAUAGAUACUUUUUUGUACCUGUGUCCUCCAGCAUCUUCACAAGGUCCUUUGCUGUUGUUCUGGGAUUGAUUUGCACUUUUCGCACCAAAGUACGUUAAUCUCUAGGAGACAGAACGCGUCUCCUUCCUGAGUGGUAUGAAGGCUGCGUGGACCCAUGGUGUUUAUACUUGCGUACUAUUGUUUGUACAGAUGAACGUGGUACCUUCAGGCGUUUGGAAAUUGCUCCCAAGGAUGAACCAGACUUGUGGAGGUCUAAAAAAAUUUUUCUGAGGUCUUGGCUUAUUUCCCCAUGAUGUCAAGCAAAGACGCACUGACUUUGAAGAUAGGCCUUGAAAUACAUCCACAGAAGCUUUUAAAGCCAUGACAUCAUUUUCUGGAAUUUUCCAAGCUGUUUAUAGGCACAGUCAACUUAGUGUAUGUAAACUUCUGACCCACUGGAAUUGUGAUACAGUGAAUUAUAAGUGAAAUAAUCUGUCUGUAAACAAUUGUUGGAAAAAUUACUUGUCAUGCACAAAGUAGAUGUCCUAACCGACUUGCCAAAACGAUAGUUUGUUAACUAGAAAUGUGUGGAGUGGUUGAAAAAUGAGUUUUAAUGACUCCAACCUAAGUGUAUGUAAACUUCCGACUUCAACUGUACGUAGUAGAUAUGUUUUAACAUGACUGGAAUAGAUAUGUAGUAUAUGUGGACACCUGCUCGUCGAACAUCUCAUUCCAAAAUCAUGGGCAUUAAUAUGAAGUUGGUCCCCCCUUUGCUGCUAUAACAGCCUCCACUCUUCUGGGAAGGCUUUCCACUAGAUGUUGGAACAUUGCUGUGGGGACGUGCUUCCAUUCAGCCACAAGAGUAUUAGUGAGGUCGGGUACUGAUGUUGGGCGAUUAGGCCUGGCUUGCAGUCGGCAUUUCCAAUUAAUUCCACAAUUGUUCGAUGGGGUUGAGGUCAGGGCUCUGUGUAGGCCAGUCAAGUUCUUCCACACCGAUCUCGACAAACCAUUUCCGUGUGGACCUCGCUUUGUGCACGGGGGCAUUGUCAUGCUGAAACAGGAAAUGGCUUUCCCCAAACUGUUACCACAAAGUUGGAAGCACAGAAUCGUCUCAAAUGUCAUUGUAUGCUAUAGUGUCAAGAUUUCCCUUCACUGGAACUAAGGGAACUAGCCCGAACCAUGAAAAACAGCCGCAUACCAUUAUUCCUCCUCCACCAAUCUUUAGUUGGCACUAUGCAUUAGGGCAGGUAGCGUUCUCCUGGCAUCCGCCAAACCCAGAUUCGUCCGUCAGACUGCCAGAUGGUGAAGUGUGAUUCAUCACUCCAGACAACGCCUUUCCACUGCUCCAGAGUCCAAUGGCAGCGAGCUUUACACCACUCCAGCAGACGCUUGGCAUUGUGCAUGGUGAUCUUAGGCUUGUGUGCGGCUGCUCGGCCAUGGAAACCCAUUUCAUGAAGCUCCCGACAAACCGUUAUUGUGCUGACGUUGCUUCCAGAGGCAGUUUGGAACACUGUAGUGAGGACAGACGAUUUUUACGUUUCAGCACUCGGCGGUCCCGUUCGGUGAGCUUGCGUGGCCUACCACUUCGCGGCUGAGCCGUUGUUGCACCUAGACGUUUUCACUUUACAAUAACAGCACUUACAGUUGACCGGGCAGCUCUAGCAGGGCAGAAAUAUAAUGAACUGACUUGUUGGGAAGGUGGCAUCCUAUGACGGUGCCACGUUGAAUGUCACUGAGCUCUUCAGUAAGGCCAUUCUACUGCAAAUGUUUGUCUAUGGAGAUUGCAUGGCUGUGUGCUCGAUUUUAUACACCUGUCAGCAACGGGUGUAGCUGAAAUAGCAGAGUCCACUAAUUUGAAGGGGUGUCCAAAUACAUUUGUGUGUGUGUGUAUAUAUAGUGUAUGUUUUAACAUGACUAGAAUAGAUCCAUAGUAGAUAUGUUUUAACAUGUAAUGAAUGAUAUAGAAUGGACAUGGCAUCGAUACCACUUCAAAAUAUCAACCAAAUGUUUCGUACUCCUUAUGUUCCAUUCAUAUUCUGCCCAUUCAUAACUGAUAUGGUCCGUUUGACCGGUGAAACAAUGGAUCGGUUUGGAUGCCAGGUUAUCAUUAGUGGUUUUUUAUUCAAAUGAACUGGUAGUUAAUUUCCUACAUCGUCCCAAUAACAGCCCAUGUUUUGUUUGUAUGUAUGUAUGUAAUCUCACCACACUCAGUAACCCUGUGUCCGUCUCUCCUGUCCCAUUUAGAUGACGCGCUCCCUGUCCACCACGCCAUCUAACGGCCCCUCCAGUGUUGCGGUGGCCCAGCCCCAGGAAGCCGCGCUUUCCCAGGAGGACCUGAUGAUGUCCGUGGCCACCAACCUGGCCUCCCUCGCAUUCCCGCACAUCCAUUAGCAUGGUCAUCGUCGGAGGAGUGGUCAGUGGUAGUCGUACUGCACCCGCCCCUCCUUCAAGUCACCAAUCUGGCAACCUGUUUACCAUUAUACAGGGCUACGCCGUAUCACCAGGGCUUUAUACAUACAGUACAUGUCAAUCCAGUUGGAAGAGGCAGAUAGCAGAAUUUAAAUAAAUUUGUUUUUUCCCCACAUAAAUACAACUGUGUUUUGCAACAAUGUAGAUGGGUGCUGCUCUCCCAAAUCCCUCGAAUGUUUUGGAAACUAUUGUAUAACAACCCACCCUCCCAGAUUAGGCCUGUCACCCCAUAGAGGUACACUGCUCAAACUAUAACCCACCUCCUCUCCCGUGUCUGUCCCCUAGGUGUGGCGGACGGUGGGCUGGCGGCUCAUAGCCCUGUCGGCCUCCAUGUACGGCCUGCUCUACCUGUGGGAGAAGCUCACGUGGACCACCAAGGCCAAGGAGCGCGCCCUCAAGCGCCAGUUUGUGGACUACGCCACCGAGAAGCUGCAGCUGAUUGUAAGCUUCACCAGUGCCAACUGCAGCCACCAGGUCCAGCAGUAAGUACAUGCUGCAGCUCUGGGAAUAAGGAUACGCUUAAAAGGGGAUGUUUCUAUUGUAGACCGCUUUUGAGGUAUGAAAAUGUCUGACAAAUCAAAAUAAAAUAAAAUUUUAUUAGCCACAUGCGCCGAAUACAACAGGUGCAGACAUUACAGUGAAAUGCUUACUUACAGCCCUUAACCAACAGUGCAUUUAUUUUUAACAAAAAAGUACAAAUAAAACAACAACAAAAAAAAGUGUUGAGAAAAAAAGUAAAAUAAAGUAACAGUAGGGAGGCUAUAUAUACAGGGGGGGGUACCGGUGCAGAGUCAAUGUGCGGGGGCACCGGCUAGUGAGGUAGUUGAAGUAAUAUGUACAUGUGGGCAGAGUUAAAGUGACUAUGCAUAAAUAAUUAACAGAGUAGCAGCAGCGUAAAAUGAUGGGGUGGGGGGGCAGUGCAAAUAGUCCGGGUAGCCAUGAUUAGCUGUUCAGGAGUCUUAUGGCUUGGGGGUAGAAGCUGUUAAGAAGCCUUUUGGACCUAGACUUGGCACUCCGGUACCGCUUGCCGUGCGGUAGCAGAGAGAACAGUCUAUGACUAGGGUGGCUGGAGUCUUUGACAAUUUUGAGGGCUUUCCUCUGACACCGCCUGGUAUAGAGGUCCUGGAUGGCAGGAAGCUUGGCCCCAGUGUUGUACUGGGCCGUACGCACUACCCUCUGUAGUGCCUUGCGGUCGGAGGCCAAGCAGUUGCCAUACCAGGCGGUGAUGCAACCAGUCAGGAUGCUCUCGAUGGUGCAGCUGUAGAAUCUUUUGAGGAUCUGAGGACCCAUGCCAAAUCUUUUCAGUCUCCUGAGGGGGAAUAGGCUUUGUCGUGCCCUCUUCACGACUGUCUUGGUGUGUUUGGACCAUGAUAGUUCGUUGGUGAUGUGGACACCAAGGAACUUGAAGCUCUAAACCUGUUCUACUACAGCCCCGUCGAUGAGAAUGGGGGCGUGCUCAGUCCUCUUUUUUUUCCUGUAGUCCACAAUCAUCUCCUUUGUCUUGGUCACGUUGAGGGAGAGGUUGUUGUCCUGGCACCACACGGCCAGGUCUCUGACCUCCUCCCUAUAGGCUGUCUCAUCGUUGUCGGUGAUCAGGCCUACCACUGUUGUGUCGUCGGCAAACUUAAUGAUGGUGUUGGAGUCGUGCCUGGCCAUGCAGUCAUGGGUGAACAGGGAGUACAGGAGGGGACUGAGCACGCACCCCUGAGGGGCCCCCGUGUUGAGGAUCAGUGUGGCAGAUGUGUUGUUACCUACCCUUACCACUAGGGGGCGGCCCGUCAGGAAGUCCAGGAUCCAGUUGCAGAGGGAGGUGUUUAGUCCCAGGAUCCUUAGCUUAGUGAUGAGCUUUGAGGGCACUAUGGUGUUGAAUGCUGAGCUGUAGUCAAUGAAUAGCAUUCUCACGUAGGUGUUCCUCUUGUCCAGGUGGGAAAGGGCAGUGUGGAGUGCAAUAGAGAUUGCAUCAUCUGUGGAUCUGUUGGGGCGGUAUGCAAAUUGGAGUGGGUCUAGGGUUUCUGGGAUAAUGCUGUUGAUGUGAGCCAUGACCAGCCUUUCAAAGCACUUCAUGGCUACAGACGUCAGUGCUACGGGUCGGUAGUCAUUUAGGCAGGUUAUCUUAGAGUCCUUGGGCACGGGGACUAUGGUGGUCUGCUUGAUGUUGGUAUUACAGACUCAGUCAGGGACAUGUUGAAAAUGUCAGUGAAGACACUUGCCAGUUGGUCAGCACAUGCUCGGAGUACACGUCCUGGUAAUCCGUCUGUGAAUGUUGACCUGCUUAAAAGUCUUACUCACAUCGGCUACGGAGAGCGUGAUCACAUAGUCAUCCGGAACAGCUGGUGCUCUCAUGCAUGCUUCAGUGUUGCUUGCCUCGAAGCGAGCAUAGAAGUGGUUUAGCUCGUCUGGAAGUCUUGUGUCACUGGGCAGCUCGCGGCUGUGCUUCCCUUUGUAGUCUAAUAGUUUUCAAGCCCUGCCACAUCCGACGAGCGUCAGAGCCAGUGUAGUACGAUUCAAUCUUAGUCCUGUAUUGACUCUUUGCCUGUUUGAUGGUUCGUCGGAGGGCAUAGCGGGAUUUCUUAUAAGCGUCCGGGUUAGAGUCCCGCUCCUUGAAUGCGGCAGCUCUACCCUUUAGCUCAGUGCGGAUGUUUCCUGUAAUCCAUGGCUUCUGGUUGGGGUAUGUACGUACGGUCACUGUGGGGACGACAUCAUCGAUGCACUUAUUGAUGAAGCCAGUGACUGAUGUGGCGUACUCCUCAAUGCUAUCUGAAGAAUCCCGGAACAUGUUCCAGUCUGUGCUAGCAAAACAGUCCUGUAGCUUAGCAUCUGUGUCAUCUGACCACUUUUUUAUUAACCGAGUCACUGGUGCUUCCUGCUUUAGUUUUUGCUUAUAAGCAGGAAUCAGGAGGAUAGAGUUAUGGUCAGAUUUGCCAAAUGGAGGGCGAGGGAGAGCUUUGUAUGCGUCUCUGUGUGUGGAGUAAAGGUGGUCUAGAGUUUUUUUUUCCUCUGGUUGCACAUUUAACAUGCUGGUAGAAAUUAGGUAGAACGGAUUUAAGUUUCCCUGCAUUAAAGUCCCCGGCCACUAGGAGCGCUGCAUCUGGAUGAGCGUUUUCCUGUUGAUUUAUGGCCUUAUACAGCUCAUUCAGUGCAAUCUUAAUGACAGUCAAUAUUCCUGUGUCAUCUGUCGAGUAGAUCCUGUUUUGUGCAUUCUGACAAAUCUGCAGGCCUCAAUCCCAGUACAGUAACUCAUAGUUGAGCCUCGUAUGUAGAGGUUUCUGAAGACACUUCCUUUAUGAACCGAUUCACUACUGAUGUAUGGGGCUGAAUCUGCUGAUAGACAAAUCUACGUCCUGCCCCCUCCUUUUCUGUGAAGUGGGUAAUAAAAUAAGUGAUAAAAAUGCUUUUAUCUUUGCGUUGCCCAGGGAGAUGGCCACGACCUUUGCCCGGCUGUGUCAGCAGGUUGACCUGACGAAGAGGGAGCUGGAGGGAGAGAUCAGCCGACUGACGGCCAAGGUCCAGACUCUGGAGACAGUCCAGUCCCGCUCCAAGACCCUCCGGUCAGUCUAGCUGCCUCCUGGGUCCGGUAUUGCCCCCCCUCCUGGGUCCGGUAUUGCCCCCCCCCUGCAUAGCUCUGUUGUAAUUUAGUCCCCAAUGGUUUCCAUUUAACAUUUUGAUGCCCGUGGCGCUUUGGUAAGUCUUUGUUUUGCCUAGAAAAGAAUGUCACAUUUUGUAAUUUUUUCACCAUUGGUUGUAUUGAGGGUUAAAGGUCAGAGUUGUACCCUUUUGAACUGCAUGUGUAGUUAUUUUGUUUCUCUUCUGUUGAACAGCAUUCAUUUAUCAGUAGGCAUUUUCACCUCCAGUAUAAUUGGUUCUACAACAAUAUUGUACAAAUAGGUGUGGUCUGUGUGUAACCGCUUUUUCUCCAUGGUUUCAGGCACAAAGCCACAGAGUUGGAGAGGCAGUUGGGGACUUUUACAGACCAAUAUCUGAAUCCCCAUCAUUGAUGGACUGGGCCUCUCUGGCUUCCCUGGAGCCUCAGUUCUGGCAUUGACUCGCCAUGCCUGUACUCCCUUCCCCUCUCCACUCCACUCGGAGAAAAUAUGUCCACCCUUGAUAGUAUUCCUCCCAGAAUUUCCCCACCUCCAAACAGAUGUUUCUCCAAGAGAUUUGCGGAAGUGUACAGUCUUCCACGCACUUUAUAGAAUGACUUUGUUGAACUAACAGGAAGUUUGUUCUCUGCGAACACAACUACCUGUAACACAAUACAAACUGUGUAACUGUGUGAAUCGGACAUGUGAAUACUGUUCUGAAGGUCGGGACAUAAAGCCUUGGUUGUGAUUGGAGGUUGGGUUGACGCUACUGCUCUUAACUGUGAAUAUGCCUUUCACUAACUCCUGAGGUAAAUGGGUGUGUGAGUGUUUAGACACAUGUAGGCAUGUGAUUUUCAUUCAGAGCUGAAUUUGUUCUGGUUGACCCUUGGCACUGGUACCCCAAAAUAAAUACACACACACACAGCAUUCAGAAAGUGUUCAGACCCCUUGACUU